UCUGCUAUAAAAGACGCCACUUGGAAAUGUGAAGUACUGCUAAAAAUGUUGUGUAACAGUAAAAUUGAACAAGAUUUUAAAACUUCUCGAGUGAUUUACUCGAUAUUGAUUCUAUCAUAUCUAUCGGUGCAAUUAAGUGUAACAUUACCUGUGUCCGAUACAGAUUAUAGUACAACAUCUACAAUGUUAAUGAACAAUUCGACGAAUAGUUCAGCCGAUGACAAUUUAUACGUCAUAAAAGCAGUGGUAUAUGAAAUUGGUAUUCUAACAGAUGCAAAUGAAACAAACGACGACGCUACAGAAAGGCAAGAUGUUAAACUAUCGUUCUACAAUCCACCAAAUCAAAGCAAAGUGUCUUAGAAAAAGAUUCAGAUACGUGUACCUGACAUUUAACAUGCUUCAAUAUAGCCAUCCAUGAAAUAUCGAUAGUGUAAAUGCGCAAUGAUGUAAAAUUAAAUAAUAAAAGAUUGUAAUAGAAUAUAAGCAAAGUCUAUAACG